AGAAGGUUAUGAACAGUGAACAUUGGUAAACAGUCGACGCCGACGAAGAACCACCGUGAAAGCUCGAGCUCUCGUUCUCAUCUCCGGUGGCCGGACGGGAGAGAGAGAGAGAGAGAGAGGUAGGAUGACGCUGGAGUCCGGCGUGGGCUAUGUGCUCAUCGCACUAGGCCCUACGCUCUCCCUCUUCGUCUCUGUAAUCGCCCAGAAACCCUUUCUCAUCCUCACCCUCCUCUCGAGCACUUUGUUUUGGCUCAUAAGUUUGAUUGUGCUAUCUGGUGCGUGGAGAGGGUUUCUUCCUCUAAAAACCUCAUCUUUGUGGGCGUAUGCCUUUCUCCUUCUCACUUCUGUUGGAUUUCAGGAGGCCGUGCGGGUUCUCUUUUGGAAGCUCUACAAGAAAUUGGAAGGUAUGUUGGAUGCUUUCGCUGACAGGAUUUCUAAGCCUAGGCUUGUUUUGGCGGAUAAGAUGUUGAUUUCUCUAACUGGUGGUCUAGGCCAUGGUGUGGCUCAUGCUGUCUUUUUCUCACUUAGCCUCUUAACUCCUGCAUUUGGCCCGGCUACAUUUUUCAUUGACAAAUGCUCAAGCAUGCCAUUUUUUCUCGUAUCUGCGAUUAUGUCACUUGGCUUCACUAUCAUCCAUACCUUUUGCAUGGUCAUCGCUUUUGAGGGAUACGCCGGAGGGACAAAAACUGACCAAGUAUUUGUUCCUAUUAUCCAUUUGAUUGCUGCAAUGCUGACCCUGGUUAACCUUGCACCCGGUGGCUGUGUUGUCGGUGUACCAUUGCUCUGCUUUGUUGCAGCUCUGACCGCGCAGCAUUGUUGGCGGAUUGUCUGGCGAAGAUUAGCUGAACACCGCCACCGCACGCAAUCAAAUAGUUAGCAUUGUUUUCAUUUUAUAAGUUAUGCAUGAAUGAAAAGAGAAGAAAUGUUUGGCUGGUUUGUAGAUCAAAUGGAUGGUCUAAUUUAAGAUAGUUUAUAUUACCAUUUUUCUGCUAUGAAUUCUUCACAGAACUUCAAUGUAAUGUGCAUGUCAAUUCAAUAUCUGAUCCUUUUUUUUGUA